ACUCACACACCUAUAGGAUUUCCUACUGGCAAUCUGGGAACUCUCACAACUGCUGAAAUACACGCAUAAGGAACAGUGGUGGACAAUACAUUGGGACCUAACCAUCGUUGAAAAAUGUUCCGCAAGAAGAAGAAGAAGCGACCUGAGAUCUCGGCGCCGGUGAACUUCGAGCACCGUGUCCACACCUCCUUCGACCACAAGCAGGGGAGGUUUGUUGGCCUCCCACCCCAGUGGCAGAGCCUCAUCGAGACGCUCAAGAGGCCCAAGCCCAUGGUGGAUCCCUCCAGAAUCACAGACGUGGAGCUCAGACCUAAGAAGACCAUUGUGCGGGGAAGCAUCGUAGGUCUAGAUGGCUACAUCUCAGGGAUUAUCUCAGACUUGAACAAGAUUUCAGUGACCAGUUCCAAUUCUUUACGUAAGACAAGUCCCUCAGCAAGGAAGAGGGCCCAGUCUUUGGGCCGACUGGGGGAGGUCAAGGAGGAAGACCGGUACGAGUACCAAGAUCUGGGCAUGAUGGGAAAAUAUGACUGGCAAUUCAGCUGUAAGGACCGAUCUCGAGAAUUAAAGAGCGAAAGCGGGAGUCCACAUCUUUUUCCAAAACAAAAUGCUUAUCGACCACCGAAUGGGUUGCUGACUAGGGCCAAGUCAACUUUGGAGGUGUACAAGCCUUCUUUAGAGGACCAUAGGCCACCAAGCAGUCUCUAUCGAGGUUUGUCCAAACAUAAUGAGGCUAUGGGCUCCACAGAAAGACUAAACUCCAGACAACCUUCUGUAGUGAGGAGGGAGAAGCCUGCAAGAAGCAAUGUCCCAGAAAAGAGACCCGUUUCCUGCUUUCUGAAUCCUACUAGACCCUGGCUUGGUGGAAAACACCAGGCCAGUUCAGGCCCCAGUACUCCAGAGCUGACUCCAAAGGAAAGGGUCAUAAGUAGGACACUGAACAGCCCUGGGAGACCACUGUCUUCAUAUGACAUGAAGACAGAUGUCAAUUUCAAGCAACAUCUAGAUUUUCACCCAAAUGGCACCAGUAGCCCUCUUAUUUCUCUGACAAGGACUCAUAGGCCAGCUAGACCUGUUUCCAGCUAUACCAUCAGACAUUCUCCAGCUAUGGUCCUUAAUCAUAUGGGAACAAAUAUCUCUCAGAAAUCAGCUGGUAGCCCCAAGCCUGCAACCCAGCGGCAGGAUAAUCCUUCUCAGGUCCGACCUUCUCCAACAGGAUCCCCUAAUAUCAAGCCACCACAGACUAGCUGCCCAUUUCUCAGGGCCACACAGAAUGGCUCUCCUAGUCCCAAAUCACCUCCUCAAGACGCCCCCAGAGUGACCCAUGAGCAGUUCAAGGCUGCUGUUAAGAUGGUGGUAGACAAGGGGGACCCUAGAACAUACCUGGAGAACUUUGUCAAGAUUGGGGAAGGUUCUACUGGGAUUGUGUGCAUUGCUAGGGAAAGACACACCGGACGUCAAGUGGCUGUGAAAAUGAUGGACCUCCGGAAACAGCAAAGAAGAGAGCUGCUGUUUAAUGAGGUUGUUAUAAUGAGAGACUACCAGCAUAGAAAUGUAGUGGAGAUGUACAAAAGCUACUUGGUGGAAGAAGAACUGUGGGUCAUAAUGGAAUACCUGCAGGGUGGAGCUUUAACCAACAUUGUAUCUGAAACGAGGCUGAAUGAGGAGCAGAUUGCCACAGUGUGUGAGGCAGUGCUGCAGGCCAUGUCCUACCUCCAUUCCCAGGGAGUGAUCCACCGAGACAUCAAAAGUGACUCCAUCCUCCUUUCCCUCGAUGGACGGAUCAAACUGUCAGACUUUGGGUUUUGUGCACAGAUCAGUAAAGACGUGCCAAAGAGGAUGUCCCUGGUAGGAACCCCAUAUUGGAUGGCACCAGAAGUCAUCUCCAAAACACCAUACGGGACAGGGGUGGAUGUCUGGUCUCUGGGGAUCAUGGUGGUGGAGAUGGUGGAUGGAGAGCCUCCCUAUUUCAGCGAUGAUCCAGUGCAGGCCAUGAAGCGCCUUCGAGACCAGCCCCCUCCCUCGGUGAAAAACACACACAUGGCCUCGCCGGUUCUUAAAGAUUUCCUGGGCCGGAUGCUGACCAGCGAUCCAUUGCAGAGAGCGACCGCCAUGGACCUCCUGGAACACCCGUUCCUGCUCCAGACAGGAACCUCACGCUGCCUCAUCCCCCUUAUCGAGAAGUACCGUAAACGCAUGUCAGCAUGCUGAUAAAAGGCCGAAGCUCCACUCACCAGCAGUCACUACAGGGGCAAGUUUGCUGCCAACAGUAGUUACAGGGGCAACUUUGAAGAUCUCUCUGAUAUUGCCAGACAACCCAAAGUCUUGCUGACCCUACAUCAAGGACAAGGAGAGAGAGAGAGAGAGAGAGAGAGAGAGAGAGAGAGAGAGAGAGAGAGAGAGAGAGCGAGAGAGAGCGAGAGCAUACAGUAACAGAUACCAUGUUAAUUAUGUCUGCAUGUUUCACUUCUUGUUUUACAACUUGGUAUGGACAUUCCUCACUGUCUUUUCUUAUUUAUGGUGAUCUACCUGACCUCUGAAUGGUUAAGCUAAUGAAAGCAAUAUAUUUUGCCCAAAUGUGAUUGGCAUGAUCAUUUUUUACAAUGUUAUUCCACAUACUGUACGCCACAGUGACCUGAUUUUUCAAGAUAUUUUCAUUGUCUGAGCUUUUAAAGACUAUUUUCUGGGAACCUGUGCAGGUCCACUUGUUAAGAAAUGCUAUUCCUUCUCUCUACUGACACCAGUAAUGUGCAAUUUAUAGCUUUGGUGGGGGAAUAUGUACUGUAUGGGGUCAACUGAAUUGAUCUAAACCGUGACUAAUCUAAAUAACAGUUUAAACCACUGUUUAAAUAGCCAAAUAGGACCAAACCUGGCAUAGUACUUAAAACACAAAAGUAAAAAAGAAAAAUUCUCUUGAGAAUUUCUUAAAAUGAUUUGAACAGUGAAAGUAUUUGAUCCACCAUGCAUUUAGCUCAAACAAGCAUACCAUGGGCCAGAUUCUCAAAGUUUUUUUUACUUAAAAUUGUUAAAGAGGUACUUUGUAUCUACAUUUUGCCAAUACAGUAUGUUAUUUAUUUUAUUUUUUUACCUUGUUAAUAUCCUAUUAUGUGUGUUCUGUAUAAAUCACCUUUGCUGUUCAGAUAAUUUCCUAAGAUUACUAAAAUAAGAUUACAAACUAACAAUUAAUACUACUAAUGAGCUCUUGAAUAACGAAGGCUCAGUUGUUUAUGUCAAGGUUAAUAUGUUUAUUAAUUAGGUGCAUUUUUUUCUUUUAGAAUAAAGUAAAAAGCUUUGAGAAUCAAGGCUCCUGUGUUUCUUAAGUUCUCCUAAUGUUCACAUGGACUUUUACAGGUGAUUUUUGAAUAGCCUGCAGUCUGAAACUCUUCGGAAUUCCUUCUGCCUGUGUGUUGUCUCAGCCCAGCAGUAGUGACACACAGCAGAGAGAUUACACCAGCCUGCUUGCUCACCCACCACACUAAUAUUGCACUUUACAUCAUACACAGCCACUACUGUAUUUCAAGGUAAUGUUUAUCCAGCUAGAGAACAUGCUGAAGAUAAAUGGCCA